CAAAUAAGAAAAAGAAGAAAUGAAUAGACGUGACCGCUUAUUAAAUAAUCGUUCCUUCAUCGCAAGCAAGGAAAAAGACCGUACAUUCCAUCAUUCAAAGCGUCAGUCUUAUAGAGGGAUUGGUACCCAUCACUCUAAGCUAAGAAAAGAGACUGACAUCCGGAGUUCGAUCAGGAGGAAAUCAGGCAGUUUUAUGAGUAUUCCUCUCGCUCUCAAAAGGAAGAAGAGCCUAAAUGAGUUAUUUACUAAAUAAAGCAAUGCCUAGGACAAUCCAGGUUCCUUCUGAUGACUUCAAGCCUCAUUGCAGCAAAAAGGUAGAAAUCGAUAGCCAGACUGACGAUAUGGAGAUUGAUGAGAAUAAUGAUAUAAACUCAACUAAGGUGCGAAACUUGGCUUCCUUCUACCCGUCCAAUUGCUUUAAAGCAAUGAAGGAUUUAGAGAAGAACAGCUAUAACUUUGGCCGCAGUAAGCUGCCCGACAUGCAUGACUGAGUCAGCGAUGAAGAGAAGCUGAGAGUAUUUCAUCAUAAGUGUCAAACUGAGAUGCUCAAGGAAAAGCUCCGAGAGCAAGACCUUGAAACUCUUGAUAUACCAGAGCAUCUUGGUGAAUAUGCCGAUGAGGUUUUUGACCAUAUGCACAAUACAGAAUUGCUGUACUCGCCCAAGUAUGGCUAUAUGAAAACUCAAAAAGAUGUUAAUGAAAAGAUGAGAGCGAUAUUAGUUGAUUGGUUAAUUGAGGUUCACUAUAAAUUCAAAUUACUGCCAGAGACUUUGUACAUCACCGUAAAUAUUAUUGAUAGAUAUCUUGAACUCAAGGAGAUUCAGAGGCAAAAGCUUCAGCUUCUUGGAGUCACAGCAAUGUGGAUCGCAUGAAAAUAUGAAGAAAUUUAUGCUCCAGAACUUAAGGAUUUUGUCUAUAUCACUGAUAAUGCAUAUGAACAAAAAGAUAUUCUUACACUCGAAUAUGAAGUUUUGAUGACUUUGGAGUUCAAUGUGACUACCCCUUCCGCUUAUAGAUUUUUAGAGAGGUAUGCCAAGCUGAUAGGAGCUGACUCCAAGACUUUCAACCUUGCUUGGUACCUUGUCGAACUCCCAUUGAUCGAAUACAAAAUGUUGAAGUACAAGCCAUCAGUGAUAAGCUCGGCUGCACUCUUCUUAGCAAAUAAGGUCUUGAAGAACAACAUUAGGUGGAACUCAGCCAUGAGCAGCCUCCAACUAUUUUCUUCGAGAAGGAAACCUAAACAUGAGGUUGAGGUGCCCAAAAUUGUGACUUAUUCCGAACAAACUCUCAAGCCUUGAGCCAAGGAUUUGUGAGUUUUGCUAUAUGGUAUUGACAAAAUUAGUCUGAAAGCCGUCAAAAAGAAGUUUUCAGAUAAGAAAUUUGACGAAGUCGCUCAGAUUUUGCUCAAAUAA